AUGGCUGCAUCAUGUGAAACAAUUCACCUUCUUAGAAAGAUAUUCAGUGAAAAGGUGAAGUAUUUGGAUAGGGUAUUAUUAGUACUGGGUUUGGAUGGAGCUGGCGAAAGCAGCAUUAUUCAUGCUGUUAGCACCAAUACUACAAAGUCCAGUUCUGCUCCAACUCAUGGAUUUAACUCUGCCCAGAUUCUCCACCAAGGACUGUGGAUUGAAUUGCUAGAAGUUGGAGGCAGCCAGAAUCUUCGGACAUACUGGAACCAAUAUCUGAAGAAUGGCCACAUUAUAGUCUUUGUAGUGGACUCAACAGACAGCAAGCGCAUCCACCUUGCUAGACAAGAACUGCACUGGCUUCUUCAUGAAGCACCAGAUCUUCAGCUUAUGGUUCUGGCAAUAAGCAGGUACAAAUAG